AUGUAUCCAUCUGCCCUAAGGGACCAGCCCAGAGAUGCGGCGUUGGUAAAUGGUGGCACGAAAGGUGCAGCCGGCAAAACCAAGAGGACUGCCCACAUAGCACUUGGCAGCAACCUUGGCGAUCGCGUCGCUAUGAUCGAGCAGGCUUGCAAGGAAAUGGACGCACGGGGAAUCAAAGUGAAGCGGACCAGCAGCCUGUGGGAGACUGAGCCCAUGUACGUCCUAGAGCAGGAGAGAUUUGUGAACGGAGCCUGCGAGGUAGAAACAGACCUCGAGCCCGUACCGCUCUUGGGCCAGCUCCAGGACAUAGAAAAGUCGAUGGGCCGGAAGAAGCUAAUAGACAAGGGGCCGCGCAAUAUCGACCUGGACAUCUUGCUCUACGAAGACGAGAUAAUCAACGAGCCGCGCCUGCAGAUACCGCACAUCGGCAUCGCCGAGCGCGAGUUCGUGCUACGGCCUCUGGCGGAGCUCAUUCCGCAUAAAGCCCCCGACCCAAGCCGGCCCUGGAAACUAAUUCAGGACCACCUAAACGAGCUACCCCUAUCCCGUUCGGAGCCGCUCUCCACACUUACACCCAUCAGUGCCUCUCACGCGCCCCUGAAUGCCCUUCGACCCACGCGCAAGACCCAACUCAUGGCCAUCCUGAAUGUGACACCGGACUCAUUCAGCGACGGCGGCGUGCAUACCCCCGGCUCGCUACGCGACUCUAUUCUAUCCUUCGUGCGCGGCGGCGCAAGCAUGAUCGACGUCGGCGGGCAAUCCACCGCGCCCGGCACCACCGACGUAGGCGCAGAACAGGAGAUCGCCCGUGUCCUCCCCGCCAUCCAACUCAUCCGCUCUCUCCCCCAAGCGCGCGACGUCGCCAUCAGCGUCGACACAUUCCGCGCCUCGGUCGCCGAAGCGGCCGUCGCAGCCGGCGCCGACAUCAUCAACGACGUGUCAGCCGGACAGCUCGAUCCCGCCAUGCUGCCCGCCAUGGCAGCGUCCGGCAAGACGGUGUGCCUCAUGCACAUGCGCGGCACACCGUCCACGAUGAGCAAGCUGAACAGCUACCCCGAGGGCGAGCUCGUCUCCACCAUCGCGACGGAGCUGCUGGAGCGCGUGCGUGAGGCCGAGGCCGCGGGCGUAAGGCGCUGGCGCAUCGUGCUGGACCCGGGACUCGGGUUCGCGAAGGUCGGCGAGCAGAACCUGGCGGUCCUGCGGCACUUCGACGAGCUGCGGUGCUGGCCCGGGCUCGAGGGUCUGCCUUGGCUGCUGGGUUCUAGUCGGAAGAGCUUCAUAGGGAAGGUCACGGGCGUGCCGAAGCCGAUGGAUCGCGUGUUUGGGACUGCGGCUACGGUCGCGGCUGCGGUGCAGGGCGGGGCUGAUAUUGUAAGGGUGCAUGAUGUCGUUGAGAUGGGACAGGUGGUCAAGAUGGCGGAUGCCAUCUGGCGGUAUUGA